AUGCUUUUGGGACGAGGAGCCGUGCUGUUCGUCGAGUAUGGACUCCAAAAAUCGCACUUCUCCCCAUCAAUUCUCCUCUUCUCCCUCGUUUUCGCACAAAUCGCCUCGGGGCAGGAGUAUCGGUCGGCGGAAUAUUACAAUCAACCGCCGGCCGACCCCUCCGACCCCUGUCAUUUCCCCACGCCGGAUCAACGGGACAUGUCGGCGAUGUGCCGCUUCGAUUAUCAUCAAGUUCCCUUCAUCUGCGACCCGACCGCCAUGUUGUCGCGAACCGAGGCACAAGUUCUGGAGAAGGCGUUCAGCGACGUAGCGAUUAGUGGAUGUCUCGCAUGUCAACGGACAAUUGAGGGGUGCAUUGACCCGCCCGGCAUGACGGAGGGCCACUUACGGGUAUCGGUGAUCAUCGUGCCGGUCGCCAAUGUUCAUAGGUAAAGUUGAGAUUUUUAUUUUUCUUAUUUUGUUUUAUUUUCUAUUUUUUUUUUUUUUUUUUUUUUUUGAUUGAAUCAUUCAAAAAUUUUUUUUUCACAAAUAUAGUGAAAAUUCUAAAAAAAAGUUUGGUCAUUUUUGCACGGUGCAGAUUAAUUAUUUUUAAUCUGCACAGUGCAAAAACUAUUUUUAUUAUUAUAUUUGCACCGUGCAAUUUUUUUUUUCUGAACUUGCACGGUGCAGAAUUUUUCUAUUUUCUUUUGCACUGUGCGAAAAAAUUUUUUGAACUUGCACAGUGCAAAAAUGUUUAUAUUAAAACCGCACCGUGCAAAAAAUUUUUUUUAACUUUCUGCACUAUGCAAAUUUUUUUUUAAUAUGCGCAGUCCAAAAACUUUUUCAUUAUUUUCUGCACUGUGCAAGAAUUAUUUUUAUUAUUUGCACGGUGCAAAAACAUAUUUUUUGAACUUGCACUGUGCAAGAAAAUUUUUGCGGCUUGCACAGUGCCAAUUUUUUUUUAUUAUAGACAGUGUAUAAAAAAUCGAUUGGCAUAAAUGAAAAUUUUUCAAAAAAUUUUGCAGGAUCGAAAACUGCAUCAACGGCCCUCGUCACGCCGCACACAUGCGAAAAGAGCAGGCCGUAAAUGCGUACGCCGAAUUCGUUUUCGCCCGUUGGUCGGAGAGUGGAUGCGCGUCGGAUUUGACAAUCUUAUACCUCAAACAAUUGCAGUAUCCGCUGAGGAAUGGGGGCAUGACCAAGUCCGGGCCAAUGACAGCCAAAAUUUUUAGGUGAGCAAAAAAAAUUUUUUUUUAUUUUUUUAUGCAAGGAAGCGGUUUGUUAGCUGGAAUUGGCAAUUAGAGCCGUCUUCUUUAUUUCCAAAAUAGGAAAACUGAAGAUUCUUUGCAGAAAUUAGGAGAAAUUCGAAAAAUGGAGCAUCUUUCUUGGAAAGAAAUGUUUUUUAGGCAAUUUAGAGGCCUUAGAAGGCGAUGAGGAAUACUGUAAAAAAGUUUUGAAAUUAAAAAAAUUGAAUUAAAAAUCGGAGUGUUCUAAAUGAAAAGCAGAAUCAAAAAGUUUGAAUAUUCCUCCCCGCGGUGCAAAAAAUACUAGUUUCGCACAGUGCAAAGCCUUAUUUUUCAGCUUGCACGGUGCGUAAAUGCAAUUUGAUUUUUGCACUGUGCAAUGGACUUAUUUUUCUCCUUGCACAGUGCAUUUCAUGUUUUUGUCGCAGUUUUUGCACGGUGCACUUUUUUCUCAAAGCGCGCGCACAGUGCAAAGGGAUUUUGUUUUGCAGGGAAAGAGAAGCACUGCAGGAUGAGCCAAGUCUUUCUCCUUGGGUGGUCAACUCUUCCUCUCAAAAUUCUUUUUUGUCAAGAAUAAUAUAAAUUUCUUUAUGUUUUAAUCUACAUACAUCGACAGGACAAUAACUCUAAAAGUAAGUUAAAUUAACCCUCUUUCUAAAUAUGCAAUGAUUUUUUGCAUUACAUAAGUUUAUCCUUGCACAUUUAGCCAUUGUUGCAGGUAUACAAAUUUAGCUGAAUGCUGUUCGUUCUUGCGAUUCCAUGAACGAAAUUUGAAAGUCUUCCCCACAAAAGAACCGGCGUCGAGCCUUCUACGUGCCAGAAUUGUGUCAGCAUGAAAGGACUUACAGUUUUUUUGUUGAUUCGAUUUUAGAUAUUACACUAGGUACUUUCGUAAGUUUAAGGCGAGAUUAGGUCACAUUUUACGUCAUAUAUGGUCUAAAUGGACAAUAAAACUUUCUUUUAACAUUCUUAACGUUGUAACAGGGAUGUCCCCCCUUUUAUUGUCGUUUUUGAUUUUUCUUCAGAUUUUAGGUAUGGAACAACUUUGAUGUAUCCGCGGCCAUAGAUGCGUAUUAAUACUUCGCAAACCAUAUUUCAAUGGUCCCUAGUCGAUCUAAAACAUGUUUAGAACAGUAUGAGAGGUAUUUGAGACUUUUUUAGAUCCACGUUGUACUUGAUCACUUAGACCCUAAAACGUCUCAAACCCGGGAAAGAAUAUUUAUGUUGGGGACGGUUUAGUAAUGGCUCACCUUUGUAGAUUCCCGGGUUUAAACUUCAAAAACGUUAGAUUUUGCCUGCAAUUUGACAAAAGUACCUAGUGUAAUAUCUAAAAUCGAAUCAACAAAAAAACUGUAAGUCCUUUCAUGCUGACACAAUUCUGGCACGUAGAAGGCUCGACGCCGGUUCUAUUGUGGGGAAGACUUUCAAAUUUCGUUCAUGGAAUCGCAAGAACGAACAGCAUUCAGCUAAAUUUGUAUACCUGCAACAAUGGCUAAAUGUGCAAGGAUAAACUUAUGUAAUGCAAAAAAUCAUUGCAUAUUUAGAAAGAGGGUUAAUUUAACUUACUUUUAGAGUUAUUGUCCUGUCGAUGUAUGUAGAUUAAAACAUAAAGAAAUUUAUAUUAUUCUUGACAAAAAAGAAUUUUGAGAGGAAGAGUUGACCACCCAAGGAGAAAGACUUGGCUCAUCCUGCAGUGAGAAGUCUUGGCGCCAAAAAUAAAACCAAGAAAGCGGAAGUGACAGGGGAUUAAAAACAGUGCACUGUGCAAAAAAAUAAAAGUGAAGUCCUUGCACUGUGCAAACGGCAAAAUAGGCUUAUUUUUCGUUUGCACAGUGCAAAUAUUUUUCAAAAUAAUGCACUGUGCAGACGGCAAAAUAGGCGUAUUUUUUGUUUGCACAGUGCAGAUUUUUUUCAAAAUUUUGCACUGUGAAAAAAAAAAUAAAAAAAAAUACAAAAUAAAAAAAAAAAAAAAAAUCAAAAACACUACAAAAACUCUUAAAAAAAUGCUUUUUUUCAGAAACCGUCUUUCCGAAGUCGGCCAAAUGAACCUCCCUGUUCAACACAUUUCCGCCGACCAUACUCUUCUGGAGGUGCUGACCGCCGAAUUAAACCAAUCGUUUGCUUUGGCUCGAGCUGAAGAGCGAUUUCGAGCCUUCGGAAAGAAGAAAAACUUUGGUGGAGUCCCAACCUGGGCUUACAUCAUCUGCGGAGCUCUAUUGGCAAUGGUCGUUGUAAUGUUGUAUUUCGGAAAUUGCAUUACAAAACGACUGAAUUUGAAAGCGCAGGUGGGUGGAAUGUGAUAUUUUGUGAACUAAAAAAUUUUGAUGAAUUUUUAUUUUUUUGCACAGCGCAAAAAAUUUGACAGAGGUCCGACUGUGCGAUAAUGCUGAAUUUUUUUGUAAUGUUUUGUUCAACAAAAAAUUUUUUAUUUCUUACUUUUGCACGGUGCAAAAAAAUACAGGGGCUGCACAGUGCAUGAUUUUUUUUUCUUUGAUACAGUGCAAAUAUUUUUGCAAAACUUUGCACUGUGCAGUCGAAAAAAUAGGUUUAUUUUUCGUUUGCACAGUGCAAAUACAUUUUAAACAAAUUGCACUGUGCAGUCGUCAAUUCAUUUUUCGCUUGCACGGUGCAAACACUUUUCCAUAAAAUUUGCACUGCGCAUCCGCCAAAAUAAGUUUAUUUUUCGCUUGCACGGUGCAGAUAUUUUCUCAAAAUUGCACGGUGCGGCCGCCAGUUUAUCUUUCGUUUGCACAGUGCGGAUAUUUUUUUUCAAAAUUUUGCACUGUGCAUCCGCCAAAAUGAGUUUAUUUGUUGCUUGCACGGUGCAAGCUGCGAUUAUUUUUCUUUUCCAUUUGCACUGUGCAGAUUUCUCGUUUAUAAAAAAAUUGCACUGUGCAAAGAAAAAAUUUUCCUUUCUAAAAUACCCAAUCUUCAACCGAUUUUUUUCAGCAGAAGAAAUCAAUGAACAACCGGAACCAAGCGCAGGCGGCCAAUCAACAAGGGAAUGGGGAGCGAUGGCGCGCCGGAUUCGGCGGGGGAUUAAUCUCUCAGAACAAUUCCAACGUUCAAAACAACAAUCCAUCGGCCAUGUCGAAUAUGGGAGUUCAGAAUACCAAGUCCUCGAUGAUGUUUAGACAGUUCUCCAAUGCCAACGCCAAGAAGCAAAGGGCGAAAGCGGCGGCUUUAGUGCAGAAAAUAUGA